UUGUACUAUAUUCUGUUGUUAUGUUGGGUUCUAAAGGAGUUUAAAUAUCAGACGGAUAAAAUAACAGGUGCUGACAGGAAGCUUUGAUCAGCUGCUUUUUCUCCGCUUUGCCGAGUCUGAUUAGCUAUUGUGGCAGCCUCAGAUAACUCUGUGUGUGUGUGUGUGUGUGUGAUCAACUGUAGACUGUAGAGUUUGCCACCCAAGGGAAGGUAUUUUCUGCUGUUUUUUGAAUGGACUUUUGUCCAGCGUGUGUGUGUGUGUGUGUGUGUGUGUGUGUGUGUGUGUGUGUGUGUGUGUGUGUGUGUGAGAAAAAGGAGUAACAGAAAAGGGGAAGUAAUCACAAAGACAGGAAGUGUGUGUGGGAGAGCAGUCUAAAAAUCAGCCCUUAUAAUGUCAGAUUUUCACACACACACACACACACACACACACACACAUAGACACACAGACAAACAAACAAAUUAAAACGGGGGUGUGUGUAGAGAUAAAAUCAAGGUGCCCUUGCAAACGUGUGUGUGUGUGUGUGUUUGUGUGUGGGCGGAGAGAGGGACAUGAUUUCAUUUCAGGGUGCCUGAAAAAUGAGAAUGAGAGAGAGAGAGAGGAAGAGAGAGAGAGAGCGAGAAAGAGGGAGAGAGACAGAGAGAUCGAGAGAGCCGUCUGAGCGCGAUCAGAUCAGAUCAGUCGGUCGGCAGACUGAGCAGUAGGCAGACGGAGCUCAUCGGGAAUUGAACCUGCGGAGCAACAUUGUAUUAAUCUUCAUUAAGAAGCAGCAGAUCCAGGUGUGUGUCUCCAUGGCGACAGGUGUGUGUGUGCUGCUGAGCGUGUGCGUCGGUCUGAGCGCGCCGUUUAACCUCGACACGGCGUUCCCGCUGCUGAAGACGGGCGGAGACGGAAGUCUGUUCGGACUUUCUGUCGCUCUGCACCAAGACCUGCAGACAGACAGCUACCUCCUAUUGGUCGGAGCUCCCAGGGAGAAGGCAGAGCCUAACGUCCCAGCCAAUCGGACAGGAGGAGUUUUCAGCUGCCCGAUCACCACUGACCAAUCAGAGUGCAGCAGGAUGAAGCUCAUAGACCCAGAGCUGAACCUGUCUGAGGACCUGUUUGAAGACAUGUGGUUGGGCGUCUCAGUAGCCAGUCAGGGCCGACCUGGAGGGAGGGUCCUGGCGUGCGGUCAUCGUUUUGUUAAACUCUAUGGAGAGUUUGAACUCAGACACAUGAUUGGCCGCUGUUAUCUUCAUGGAAACGACCUUCAGUACAACGAGACAGACCGACACUGGCAGACCUUCGACCAGCCCUGCAGUCACCUGGGUGAUGUCAGCGGUGAGGUCAUGUGUAACAUGGGGAUCUCUGCCUCCAUCACUCAGACUGAAGUCAUCGUCGGCUCACCUGGAAGCUAUGAAUGGCAAGGAAAUGUCCACGUCUCUUGGAUGAAUCCAGACGAUGUCUUUGACAUCCGGAGGAGUUCCUUCCCCAACAUGAGGCGCAGACACAUUUACACAGGCUAUUCGGUGACUCAGGCUCUCCGUCUCCUCUCUAAAGACGAUGAAACCAUAGUAACAGGAGCUCCUAAAGACAGUAAAGAAGACGCUCGCGGCUCCGUGCUGCUGGUCGCCAAGCGCUCCAAAACACUGAUGACUCAGCAGACUCUGCGCGGGGAACAGACGGGCUCAUACUUCGGCAACGCCGUGGCAACCACCGACAUCAACAAUGACGGGUGGAACGACCUGCUGGUGGGCGCUCCUUUUUACUUCCAUCGCCAGGAGGAGGUGGGCGGAGCAGUUUACGUUUACAUGAACGCAGGAGGGCGGUUUGAUUCUCGGGCCAGCACGGUGCUGAGAGGACCGGCUGGCUCGGCGUUUGGUAUGGCUGUCACCGCCGCCGGAGACCUGAACCAAGAUGGCUUCCAGGACUUUGCAGUCGGAGCUCCUUUCCAUGAAACAGGAAGUGUGAUGAUCUGGAGCGGGAGCAGAGUGGGCGUCUCUGCAGACCCGAGCCAGGUGAUCUGGGGCAGCAGAGUGUCUCCGGGCUUCAGGACGUUUGGCUACUCUCUGUCUGGAGGUCUGGAUAUCGACAGGAACAGAUAUCCAGACCUGCUGGUCGGCUCUCUGGACGAUACUGUCGCUCUGCUCAGAACUCGUCCAGUCGUUCACCUGAAUAAAACCAUUAGAGUUUCUCCAGACGUUGUUGACCCCAACAGCUGCGACUUCUGUGUUCAGGUGGAGGUGUGUUUCUCUUACAUGUUCAGCACUGGAGAGAGGAGCGACAGAGACAACAUCACCGUCCACUUCGCCAUUGCUGCUGAUGUCACCAGCCUCAACCCCCGCCUCCAUUUCCAGGACAAUGGGAAGAGCGUGUACUCAAGUUACCUGUCAAUGCCGAAAAAACAAUGUGAGACCCUAAGAGUCGGACUGCUGCACAGACUGAAAACUAUCACUGUUGGUGCGUUCAAGGACGCUCUGGAGUGGUCUGUUGCACUGAGCCGGAUCCGAGACAAAGUGGAACCUCUGGUGUUCUUGCUGAACGUCUCUCUGUACGAGAAGCUUCCCAAGAAAAGAAACGCCGUCCAGGACCUUAAACGCCUCCCGGUGCUGAGCCAGACGCCUCGGCCCAUCAGAACCCAGAUCCACAUCCAGAAGGCCUGUGGUUCGGAUAACCGCUGCCAUAGCAACCUGCAGAUGACGGCCCAGUUCACAGACGAGAACCAGAAACCCUUUGCCAUGCAGAAGGACAGUCAAGUGUUGCACUACGACUCCAGCAUUAACCGAUUGUUUCUGGAGGUUAACGUCAGCAACACACCAUCACCAGGGCGACCAGCAGAGGACGCUCACAACGCCGUUUUGAACGCUAGCAUCCCACCAUCGCUCAUAUACUCCGGAGUCCGAAAAAAGGGCGACGGCCCAGCAGCGGUGGAGUGUUCUAUUGAGGACGCUGUUCUUCUGUGUGAGCUUGGGAACCCGUUCAAAAGCAACCAGAAGGUUCAGGUGUUGAUCAUAUUUCAGACGUCUGAGAUCAGUUUAGACACCAGAGAGAUUCAGUCUGGGCUGCAGCUGUGCACGCUCAGCGAGCAGUCAGACCUGCUUCCUGUCUCGGUCUCCAUGUUGGUGGAGUAUUCACUGCAGACAUCUCUCACUCUAAUCAACCCGCCAGGCCCCGCCUCCUUCAGCGGUCAUGUGACCGGUGAGUCGUCCAUGAAGCAGACGCAGGACAUCGGCAGUCUGCUGCUCUUCACCUUUCAGGUGCACAGCAGCGGGAAGCCACUGGGUCACCUAGGCUACCUGCAGCUGGAGUUUGAUUGGCCGUGGGAGGCGACCAAUGGGAAGUGGCUGCUGUACCUCGCAGAGAUCCGAGUGAAUGGCACAUUGGAGGCUCGCUGCACUCCGCCCGGCAACAUCAUCAAUCCGCUCAACCUCAGGCUGUCAAAUGAUGAGACAAAGAAGAGGAAGAGGAGAAGUCUGAAGGAGGAGGCGGAGGAGGCGGAGGAGAAGCAGGGAGAAAAAACUUUACCUAUCCUCCACCUGCAGGGACAGAAGAAGAAGUCCUACACUCUGGACUGUGUUCGCGGCGCUAAGUGUGUGACGUUCGUCUGUCCGCUGGUCGACAUGAAGAACUCAGCGACUCUGACAGUCAGAGCCAGACUCUGGAACUCCACCCUGAUCGAGGACUUCAGCGAUGCGAGGAGUGUGUUGGUUCGAGGCCGAGCGACUCUGAAGCUGCAGACGAACAAACCGACCAUCACCAUGGAGCCUCGCAGCACAGAGAUUGAGGUCCUCGUUUACCCAGAGCCGGGGCAGCCGGUGAACUCCAGCGCCCCCCUGUGGAUCCUGGUGCUGUCGGUGCUGACUGGAGUCCUUUUGCUGGCUGGGAUCUGCCUGCUGCUCUGGAAGUGUGGUUUCUUCAGGAGAGCCAGCACCAGAGAGAUGUACCAGGCAAAGAGCCAGAGAGCGUCCAGGAGGAGCCAGCCGUCGGAGAGUGAGAGGCUGAAUACGGAGCUCUGAGGGCGGGCACACAGCUGCCAGAGAGCCCCUCUUGUGGUUUCUUCGUGCGUCAGAGGGCGUGUCCGGCCGCGGUGCUCCACCAGGGGAGGAUCAUGGGUAAAGACGAGCAGCAGCAGCACACGGACGCUGACGGUUUCCUGAUCCGGGAUGGCGUUGGCUCGUCCAGAAACAGGAAGUCACCCAAACACUGGGUCACCUCCUGGAUUGAGACAGACUGACGGUAUCCAAGGAAACACAACCAGAACCGGACCAAACCAGACCGAUACACUGCCAUUUAAUACCUGCUGGACUUUGUGUGUGUGUGUGUGUGUGUGUGUGUGUGUGUGUGUGUGUGUGUGUGUGUGUGUGUGUGUGUGCGUUUGUGUCUGUGUGUGUGUGACAGUUGUGAUUUAAAUGUUUCUCUUUGUAAAUGACAGAAGCUGAUUUAUGUUCAUAUGAAACAUUUUCUUUAUUAUUUAUCUGUAUUUGGAAUGUUUAAUGUUUUUUAUAUAUCUGUAUAAUCUGCUGUAUGUGAACUGCACUU